AAGUUCGCAUUGCGUUGACCGUGCGAUGAUUCACUGUUCGUAAUCAAUAAUAUAACUUCGUUUCAGUUAAUCAAAUAUAGUGACUUGUUUUGUUGUCUGCUGUAAAUGCGCUUUUGAUCUAAGUUUCACAAUGAAGAUUAUAUGCGCUGGUCUUCAAAAAACUGGUACAAAGUCUAUUGCUGAGGCGUUAAGAAUACUUGGUUAUAAUGUGCAUGAUGUGUACGAGCAAUUUUUUCACGAAAAGGAAUUGUGGGACAAGAUUCUCAAGAACACAGUUACGACAGAAGAUUAUCAACAAAGUCUAGAAGAUGUUGAUGCAGUGAUGGACUGGCCAGCAGUUGCAGUGUGGGAACAAAUCAUGGAGGCAUUUCCUGAUGCUAAAGUGAUUUUGACGAUUAGAUCCAGCGAAGACGAAUGGUAUGAAAGCGUCAAAAACCAGUAUGAAGUUGGAAACCAAUACGCACCAAAAAGUGAAUUACUCAUGAAAAUCUAUCAGUUGCUCGUGGGAUCGGUGUUUCGCAGAUUCGAAAAACAAACUUCCGUAUUUCUCAUUGCUUGUCUUGGAGUUCAACGUUUUUAUGGAACACCAAUUGAAGCUUUCUUGAGGUCCAGAUAUCGACAGCACAAUUUAUAUGUUAAGUCAACAUGCCCGAGCAACAAACUCUUAAUCUAUAACGUUAAAGAUGGCUGGGAACCAUUGUGCAACUUUCUAAAUCAAGAAAUCCCGGACAAACCUUUCCCGAGGAAAAACAUUAAAGCUAACAUGACUCACAAACUGUUGGCCAACAAAUGGGAACACGAUUGCGGCUUGAUGGAGGAUUUACACAGACGAUUUAAAAUCUUUUUGGGAACACUGGUUUUCCUAAUAAUAGCGAUUAUAUCUUAUGUUGGUAUGAGAUAUUUUGAAAAUUAAGAAGUGUCACGAUUUGUCUUUA